UAUAAGUGGACGGCAGGGCAAGGGAAAAUCAAUAUUGCUCUGGCUUCCUAACUAACUAAACAGUAAACAGAGAGCUCGCUCUCCGUGAAUGAUGUCGAGGAAGAGGAGGAAGAAGAAGAAGUGUGGAGCACGCUGCUGCUACCUGGUCACGCUCUCAGCAGUGUGAAUUCCCAGAAGCAUGCUUGCCGUGCCUUCUUCCGGGUGCACCGGAGGCUGGCAUGUGAGCAGGGAUGCUUCAGUGAUGCAGAAGAAAAAAGGCAAGUCUUAUCGGCAAGGGAAGGCUACGCCUUUCUUCCAGGUCUCCCUCUCUCCAUCUAAAUCUGUGUUUGGAGGAGGGGGCUACGGUUAGUUUACCCACCGGUUUACUGCGUCCUUGUGAGUUGUGAUCAUUAUCAUGCACUCGUCAGUUGCUUGUCAUGUAUGGUGUUCUUGAAUUUUCAGCUACAUAAUGGUCGGUUGUGUGAGUGAAUGUUAUGGUGUUCUUGAAUGCUCAUGUGUCAGCCUGUGUGUUGACUGUUACUGUGAGUCAAUUAGCUAAAAGAAGUGUGAUGUGUGGGUUCAGCGAGGGUGUAACAGUCACUGAAUAAGAAUGUAAGGGUCCUAUCCUAUAUGUAUGUCUAAAAUAGUAACAUGUAACAUGUGUUGCUCUUUCUUUCA